CUGAAUGAAGCUUUGUUGUCGAAUCUUCUAAAUUUCUCAAAGGAAGGCGUAAUCGUCGCAGAUGAUGCCUUUCCUUUGCGGACGGAUGUUUUGAAACCAUAUAAUACUAGAGGAGAGUUUGGCGAUAAACAAAAAAUAUUUAACUAUCGGCUGUCAAGAGCUCGACGAGUGGUCGAAAACUCUUUUGGAAUAUUAGUAUCAAAAUUUCGAAUCUAUGAAAAGGCGAUUCCAUUGUCAGUGCAAAAAGUUGAACAACUUGUUAAAACGACGUGUGCAUUACAUAAUUGGCUCAGAAAAACUACAGUGGACUACGUGCAACAACGAUCACUGGAAACUGAGGAUUGGGUCACAGGGUCCAUUGUACCUGGAGAAUGGCGAGAAGUACCAUCUUUAGCAUUAAGCGAUUUACGACCAACCAAUGCAAGAAAUUAUAGUGAAAAUGCCCGCCGCGUACGUGACGUAUAUGCAGAAAAGUUCGUCACUUCAUGCACUAUAUCAUGGCAAUGGAACAUGAUAAGAAGAAUAUGA